GUCAAUUCCAUCAGACCCUAUCUGACCUUUUACUUUCCACGAUCUUUGGGUGAGUCCAUAUAAGGUUGAGAGCCUGGAGUCUGGGGACUGUUUACAAUCACAACGUUCCUGGUUCCUGCUCGUUCCUCAAUCCCUCCUGCCUCCUCAGCCCCCAAAACGCUCACUAAACGCCUCCAGCGCCCUGUCUACUGUCUCCCCGCCCUUACCUUAGAGCAUCCUUGUACCUGGGUCCUGAAGAAACAAGAAAAAAAAAACUUGAAUGGACGCUAAUAAUCUUGUCACCGCCACCAAGUUCCCUGAGGACACCAUAUCCACGACGUCGGAUAUUGACAUAAAUGCUGAAUCUACCGACUCAACUUGCACUGUUCCUGCAAAACGUGUCCGUCCUCCCCCUUCAAAAACAUUUGAAUGUAGAGGUUAUGGAGAUUGUCGGAUGGUCUUUUCUCGCUCAGAGCAUUUAGCCAGGCAUAUAAGGAAACAUACGGGCGAGAGACCGUUUCCUUGUCAUUGUGGAAAGACUUUCAGUCGUCUCGACAAUCUCCGCCAACAUGCUCAAACUGUACACACCGAUGACCAGGCUAUGAACGAGCAGAUGAUGCGUGAACUCGGCAAAGUCCAUGCAAACAUGGUCGCGGCGAACAAACAUGCUUUUCAAGCUCAGGGAAAUGGAACGCCUGUCCCUGGUCGUGGCGGUCGUCGAGCGUCAAAGGCACGUCCAGUCACGUCCACGGGCUACGAAGGCUCUGGAAAUCCCGAUGUGAUGUAUCCAGGUUUAUCGCAGUCUAAACCGGGUCGGAACGACUUUUCCGAUCCAUCCUCCGUCAGGAAGAAAGAAAAAGAAGAUGGUGAUUGAUUCGAGACCUCCACUCCGUUUCUAUGUCGACUGACCGUUCUUCGUUCAGUAGGUUACUUGGACAAUGUCAA